AUGGAUACUAAAAAACCUCCAACUUUUCUGAGUGUAUUAAAUAAUGGUUUAGUCAGAAAGGAACUUAUAGAAGUAAUUCCAUCAUUUACUGAUUUAUAUAGUCUUAGUUUAACAUGUAGACAAUUGGCUUUAAAUUUUGAAUCUAAUUUUGUUAAGAAGAACUUGGAGGUAUUCGAUGAUAUUCAUGAUCUUAAAAUUGAAAAAAAUAAAAAUUAUAACCCUCGUGUAGAUACUGAAGAAUUGGCAUAUGCUCUUUUUUGUACACACGAAAGAAGUUAUAAAUUAUUAUGUAACGCAAAUGGAUUUGUUGGGGAAGCAUUGUUUCAAAACAAUCAUGUCGCAUAUAAUAUGGAUAAUUUUACUGAUAAUAUUCCCAAAAGCAAAAAAUUAGUAUUUUAUAGAAGAGUAGCUCGUGAAAUGGCCCUUGGAUUGAGAUUGCGCAAAAAUGCUACAAUUUUGAAACUUUGGAUUAACUUUUGUAUUGACAAUGAAGUAAUCUUACAUGUAUUACGUUUCUUAGAACAUGAAAACGUAAAACGUAUCGAAAUGUCGCUUAAUUGUUUCAUAAACUAUUCAUUGCCUGGUGAACAUACUUAUGAAAAUAUCUUUGAUGGUUUUCCCAAAUUCCACAUACUUGUAAUAAGUGGAUUAAUUUGUCUUGAGGACUACGAUAAAGUUUCUAAAAAAAGCGAGAAACUUUCAGUUGUUAUAGGGGCAUUGGCAAAGAGACAUAAUCCUGUAUUAAUGAUUAAUGUAACGGAAUGGAAAGAAAAAAAAAUUAAAGAAUAUUUCAUAGCUGUCGCAAAAAUUGGCAUCUCAAAAGGCGUAAAGGUAAAAGUUGAUGCUGAACUUUUUGCCCCAUUAAUAGUUAAAAAACCUAAUUGUAUUCAAGAAAUUGAGUCACUUUAUUCUCUUCCAAUAUGUGGACUUUUAACUAAGGUAACACUUGAAAUAGAAAACUUUAAGUCUUUUGUUAUUGCUAUGGAAAAUAUAAAACAUUAUACAAAUUUAGAAAUACUUACCAUACAAUUUUCACCUUUUGAUUUCAAAAGAUGUGCUGCAUUAAAAGGAAAUUUUGACUUCCAAAGUUUGUCUAUCAAAACAAAAAAGUCCUGUUCUUCUUUAAUGCCAGAUAACGUUAAAAGAUUCACAUUGUUCACUGGAUUUGAUUUAACUAAACAAACAACAAGUGUUUUAAAUGAAGCAAUGGGAAAUAUAGAAACAGUAAUAAUGGAAGCUGUAUCUUUUAAAGAUUUAGAUUGUCUUACUAAUUUUAGUAAUUUAAGAUAUCUUAUAUUACGUCAAAAUUUACCAGUAGAAAUUCCUCGAACAGUAGAAUUUCUUUUCGUAGGACAUGAUAAAUCUUGGAUGAAUCGUAAAAAAAUGGAUGUAAAUAAGCAACUUAUAAAAGUUUAUUCUGAAAGAUUUUUUAAGCAAAUUACGUAUUAUUCAAAAAAUAUAUCAUCAUUAAGAAUCACAAAGAAAAUAACUAUUAUUUUCAAAAUUACAGUACACUUAUGUACCGAAAUUUCUUAA